AUGGCGCCUCUUGUCUGGUUUAUCACUGGUGGCUCCUCAGGCUUCGGCUACUACCUGGCCCUCCAUGCGUUGGCUGCAGGCCACCAGGUCGUCGCGUCUGUGCGCAGCAGAAUAAAAUCCGCCGACGCUAUCCAGGCAAUUGAGUCAAAGGGUGGAAAGGUCAUCGACCUCGACGUGAGCAAAGGAAACACCAUCCCUGACGCCGUCAAGCAAGCGGAGAGCUUCUAUGGCGGCAUCGAUGUCUUAGUCAACAAUGCGGGCUAUUCACUGUUGGGAGCGGUGGAGGAUAUACGAGACGACGAAGCCUACCUCCAAUUCGAGACCAACUUUUUCGGUCCCCUGAGACUCAUUCGCGCGGCACUCCCCUCUAUGCGUGCCCGUCGUAGUGGAACGAUAGUGAACAUCACCAGCAUUGCCGGACAGGAUGGACUCCCGUCCUGUGGCAUGUAUGCCGGCAGCAAGUUCGCGCUUGAGGGUCUUUCGGAGUCACUUGCGCGAGAGCUUGCACCGUUCGAUAUCUCCUUGCUGGUAGUGGAGCCAGGGGCGUUCAAGACGAACUUCCUCGCAGCAGCUACCAAGAACGAAACCGGACUGUCUGAGCCCUAUAUUGGGGGGCCAGUGGACGUUGCGCUGGGCAAGUUUGACACCAUGCAGGGAACACAGCGGGGAGAUCCAUUGAAGGGUGUGGCCCGGGUGUUCGAGGUUGUGACGGGAGAAGGACAAGCCGGAUCACUGAAAGGAAAGAUUCUGAGAUUACCUCUCGGUUCCGACUGUGUGGAAAGAAUCGAGGAGAAGCUGAAAAGUCUCUCACGCGACGUUGAGGCCUCACGUGAGGUGGCCUUGAGCACAGACUACUAG